AUGGCUUUGGCAUCGCCAUCUUUGUCAGAACUUUUCGAGGAGGAUUCGAAGUAUCUGUUUCGAGAUGCUCGUUUGAAAUCAUACACCAAGAAUUGGCCACAUAAAGAACCAAACUUGAGUCCUGAGAAGGUUCCAUUCGUAAUUCAGAUGGCCGAUGCUGGUUUCUUUUUCAAUCCUGGAAACAGUGACGACGAUGACGAUAACGUGCAGUGUCCUUUUUGUUUCAAGCAACUCACCGGUUGGGAGCCGGACGAUGAUCCAUUGCUUGAACAUCAAAAACGACAAGAUCGGUGCUACUUCGUGCGUAUGGGGAAAAAAGAAGAGGACUGGACGGUACAGGAUUUUAUGCUGCUUCUUGCGCAACGAAGAUGUGCUAGUUUGGUGAGCAGCAUUGCUUUAUUUCCGUUUUGGUUGAUAUUUCAGCACUCUUUGCCAACGUCGCUUGUGCAUUGUUGCUCUAUUUUUGCAACAAUUUUUAUGUUACAUUCAUUUUUGUAUUCACGUUGUCUAUUUUGCUUUUCAAUUAUUAUCUAUCUUUUUUGCUAA